UCUCGCGAGUUCCUGGCUCAUUUGCGCUGCACAUGGCAGGAGUUCCAGUCGCUGCCCACUUUCCGGGCAGACCUGACUGCCGCCAGUCUUCUUCACAGUCUCAUGGCGUUGCCGAUAGCUGGCCAGGUUGUCUGGAAUUCAGGCGACGCAGUGUCGAGCAAAGGAAUGCCGACGUCAAGUGCUUCUGUGUGCACAUCCGCCAUCGGCCAAGCCGGCCAGCACGAGUCGGCCAAAAGGACGUUGACUCCAUCAGCUCCCGAUUCCGCGCUCGCUCCGGAACCGGCCUCGAACGAGUUCCCCUCGGCCGCCUCCACUGCCUGUGGCCAGCUCAACUGGCCGUUUGGGCACCACAGCAACCAUGCACUACAAACAGUCCUGCCUCGCACCAACUAUGCCCUACAGACGGCGGAUGAGGAUGGCUUUGAGGCUGCAGAUUACGCCGAAGCUCUAUCGCGAUUUCCCGCGUCCGGGCUGGGGACAGUCUGGAACAGACUGACGGAUGGAGCGUAUACCCUCAGAAGCGCCACUGCCAUCCGACAGCAACGAGAUGCAGGCGAAUCAGAGCUGAGGAUGUGCCUGAUGGCCCUUGAAAAAGACAUCACCGACCAAAGUAUAUCUCGGACGACCGUGAGACGGAGGUCAGUUGACGAAUGCACCGAGGAUUUGCCCAUUAGGGGUCCUGUCUCUCGGCGAUACCGAAAGGCAAGAGUCUAUUUCCAACCCCAGCACACUGCCAUUCUCGAGGCUGCCUACAACAAGGACAACUAUUUGGCAAGCAAAGAACGAGAAGUCCUAGCCAAAAUUGUUGGCGUAUCAGAAGAAAGAAUAGCGAGCCGCAUACUUAUUGGAAGUCGGACCAUCCUGGAGGACAGUUGUGGAAUUUACGAGGACCACUAA